AUGGCCCGCUGGCGCACCGCGGCGGUGCUGCUCGCCCUCAUGGCCUGCACCAGCCUUGCGGCCGCCCGCAGCUCCAGCGCCCAAAGGGCCCAGAAGCGGCGAGGCCUGGAGGAGAACGAGGGGUGGGUAGACGUGAAGGUGGUCAACCGCUGCAGCGAGCCCGUGGUGUUCAAGGCGGGGUACAACUUCUGGAAGGGGGUGGACGAGGGGCACCCCUGCCCCAACAAGGGCCCCGGCUCCAACGCCGACCUCUCGGUCUGCACCACCGACUGGCUCACCAUCGACGCCAACACCAGCGCCACAUUCAAGGAGCUGCCCGACCUGCUGUGGUGGUUCUCCGCCUUUGUGGAGGACGCCGACCCGGCCGUCUUCAUCUCCAAGCAGUCCGCCGAGGCCUUCCUGGGCGGCGACGACGACUACAACGCGGAGUGCAACACGCCGCAGGAGGGCACCUGCGUGUGGUGGGCCGUGCCCAAGACCCGGAAGGCCGGCACGCGGCUGGUGCUGAGGUGCCCGGAGCUGGACGGCGCCGCGCCGCCGCCCGUCAACGAGACGACGGUGGAGAUGGUGAACAACUGCUCGGUCGCGGUCAAGGUCAAGGCGGCCUACUCGAUGACCGAGGACGACGACGGCGCGGGCUGCGUGAUCAACACGUGGCUGGGCAAGGACAACCACUUGUGUGUGACCGACUGGCAGACGUUGGAGGCGGGGGAGAAGCGCUACCUGGCCGCCACCGCCAGCGACUACUGGACCUACGGCGCGCACAUCGCGGGCGGGUGGCUGGCGGGCCUGGCCGAUACCGGCUACGACCUGGCCAAGCGGGUGCCGGGCGCGUUCCAGGGCAGCAACGAAACCACCGGGUGCCCCGAGGAGGACCCAUACGGCUCGGGAUACGUGUGCGAGUGGUGGGCGCCGACGUAUGACGUCAAGCCCAGCGACUUUGACGCCUCGGUGCCGGUGAGCAUCACCUGCGACGACUACACGCCGCCCAACUGA